AUGCAACAAGUGAAUCCGCACACGGCAUCUUCCCAAAACUUCCGGUUCACGUUUGACAAGGAAGUAGAGUUUGCCUGCACUCCCGGGAGUUUACCAAAGGGAACAAUUGCAAUCACAAAGACUGGUGUAGCCAUCUAUAACCCUCUAACCAGUGCUGAUCUAAAUGCUGUGGAGGGCGACGAUGCGGAGAAAUUUGACCGAUGUAACGGUCACUCGGACUCCAAUGGUGUUUACCACUACCAUCAGUCACCAGAGUCAUAUAACUGUGGAGAUACCUACACUGCAGAGUAUGAUCAGUUCAUUGGUGUUGCCCUAGAUGGGUUUCCAAUUUACGGUCCUCGUGCUUCCGACAAGGGAACGGAGCCACUGACUUCAGAUGACCUUGACAUUUGUCAUGGUCGCAUGGUGGACGGAAAGUACCGAUACCAUUUGACCUCUGAUUUUCCUUACGUCCUGGGGUGCUUUUGGGGAGCUGGUGCCAGAGAUAACUCACAGAGAGUGUCUUAUACUUGUGAUAAAAGUGUUGGAACAGAUCUGACAGAAUACGGAUAUCUAUGUAGCAAUGUCGACCAGCGAAACGUGGACUCCACUGUCUGCUCCAGUUACCCUGGAACCGUAGAUGUGACAACAGAUGAUGAUGAUGAUGUUGCUACAGCGGCCCCCACCACAGCAGCUCCUACCGAGGCCACUACUGAGGCAACGACACAAGCUUCAAGAACCCGACGUCCUAGAAAAGGGGGACUUAGGUCCAAGGAAAACAAACCCAAUCCUGCUAGAGAAGCUUACCUCAAACAGUGGCUCAAACGGCUUCUUGAGGAGACCAAAUAAUUCUUUUUGUACAUAGAAUGCAAUAUAUAUAUAUAUAUAUAUAUAAAACAGAGCACAUUGUAUUUCUAUCAGAUAAGCUUCAUAAAAAUUGAUAUA